AUGGAUUCAGCAUCUGCCAGUGGCCAGCACUCCCAAGAAUCCCCACCCCCUUGGAGCGAGUCUUCAGACAGUGAAUCUUUCACUUCAAAUGUCCUUGACCGAUUUGUUGAUCGCACUAUAUCUAUAGUGUCCCUCGACAGCAUCACACACCUGCCUCGAUAUUCAGUUUCGGGAGGCCAACAGCCAUUAGACCAAGAGAUCGACGCCAAUAUUAUUCUCAGCACACACGGCGAAAUAACUUCACGAUGCCCCGCCGACGAUGGCGAUAUCACAACGACCUCAGGGGGCGUUCCGCAUCGAGAUGGCAGCAUCUUGAGGGCUUCACCAGUGUCACCUCCCCACUAUUCAUCUACUCCUCCGAGAUAUUCUGGCGUUUUCGGUGCUUCGGCUCAGCAAAUCACAGCGGAAGGGCUGUCCCGCACUGAACACACAUACAAUAUCUGCAGUGGACUGAAGAACAAGCCAUGGGCUACGUUUCGCAUCUUCAGCGAACCGCCAGUGGGUGCUGCUCAGAAGCAUCAGAAGUUCCCCCGAUUCUCCGGAGGUGAUAUGGUCGCGGGCUUGAUUGAGUUCGCUUCAGAUAGUUCUCAGACUGUUAACUCUAUCACCGUCUCUCUUCGUGGGAGAAUUAUAAGGGGUUACCUUGCCGGGGAAUCUGACACCUUUCUCGACCAUCAAGUCAGCAUCUGGACACGAGCCUCCGGAGACCCACGCUUUCCAAACCCAGGGUCUACAAAAAAAUUCGAUGGAAAGCUCAAGGGGGCGUAUCAAUUCCCCUUUGCUUUUCCAUUCCCUACUCACGUGGACGUAUCAACAUCUACUGCAAUCUCUCUGCCAUUGCCAACCCCUUUGGAUCCUGUUGUGCCUUCACCCAGCCCAGCCCCUUCGAGUACACCAGCUACGCCAUCGUCGAAAUCGUUUCUAUCUGCUACCACACCAAGUGCUUCUCACUUGCGCUCUUUUAGCUCCCCCACGGAUCCUAGUUUUGCGUCCAGCUCGCGGAACGUGCAUAUGGGUACAAAUCAUCAAUUUACAGGCAGUCACAUUAGUGGAAUAUCGACGGCGAACAUCCCCUUGAGCGGCAGACGCAAAAGAUCAUCGAGACCGCAAAAUGAAGUUGAUCCUUUCUCAGUGGUUCCAAGUUCUACGGGAGAGUCGGAAAAGGCGAGGCUCAGGCGAGCGUUAGAGGAACGGGAUCGGGCUCAUGCGGAAAUUCAAGGCAACAGGUCAAGGUCCCCUUCGACGCACACUUAUCCUACGCCACAAACUUUCCUGGAGCACGGCAUCCAUGCGAACGUGCAAUAUGAGUUAAGCUUACAUAUUGCGCACGGAAUGUUGCGGCCCGCAAGCAAAUUGAGGACGGCUAUCGUCUAUACUCCUUCCACUACACCUUCUCCAGCUUCAGUCGCUCGCCAACUUGCUUAUACCGAAGGUGCUUCGGUGCCUGGGCCAGCGGCAGAUCCAGUUGGAUGGCAAACUCUCCCUAAAGUCAUGGUUUGUGGCGAACUUUUAGGCCGUCGCAAGGUUGAAGUGGAAUGUACCCUCUCACUCGCCAAACCUCUCUGUUACACCCGUGGCACCGUCAUUCCUUGCUACUUGACCCUCGAAAGCUCAAACUCCCAUGCCCUCGGCCUUCUUUCAACGCCAAAGUCUCCCUUUGUCCGCCUUACGCGGCGGGUACGUUACAGCCAGGACGCGUCGUCUACAAUCGACAACAAGAAGUCAAAAGAGUUGACAAGUCCCUUAAGCACACCCAAUGGCGACUCUGUCGUGCCGAAUGCUAGAUCCUCGACUUCCUCUCGGCCCGGAGGUAGAGACGUCAAGAUGGUCAAUGGUGGUAGAUCAGGGGAGAUGAUAGAGGAAGUAGAUGAGGUAGAGCUGGCCGUGUGGCGUAUGCCGCCGAUGGACGCUACACAGGAAAUGAACGUGAAGAAUCUGGAGGGCGAAAUCCAUCUUGCCAAGGACCUACAGCCGACAUGUAAAUUUCUACCCUUCAGUGUUGAGUAUGCCGUCGAACUGCUCCCACUAGUCUCGCACGCGUUCGAGCCCAUUCCACCUGACCGAGAACAUUGCCUCAUUGUACAACCCGUCGAGAUCGCUACGCAUCAUUCUGAGGGCCCUAUGCCGACUGCCUUCUCCCAACCUAUGUCCGAUCGAGAAAGAGAAAAAAAGAAGAAGGAGAGAGAGAAACGAAAGGAGCACGUCGAGAUAAUGCUGAGCAGAGGUUUGUUCGAAACGUAA